AGAGAGUCAGGGCAGAGAGUUUGUCUUAAGGCAAGGAUACAGCUGCAUCUUUACGUGCAGUUUCAGCGAAACUCAAUGAAUCGCAAUCGACUAUAGCACUGAACCUGCCUGCAGCAAGAAUCUGCAUGGCAAGAAUCUUUAAGGUGAAACUCCUUUUUACCUUUUGAAUAUCUUACAUCCGAGUAAGAUUUCAACCAUGGUGCUCGGAAAGGUGAAAAACUUCUUUGUCAGCUACGACUGUAUGAAUGACAGCAAUGUUCCCGUGUUUGCCAGCGGGGAUUACGUCUCAGGUCGGGUGAUCGUUGAAAUUACCGGAGAAAUUCGCGUAAAAUCUCUGAACAUUCACGCCAAAGGACUGGCCAAAGUUCGCUGGACUGAGUCACGUAAUGCUGGAUCCAACACUGCCUACACUCAAAAUUUCACUGAAGAAGUGGAGUACUUAAACCACAAAGAUGUCCUUAUUGGACACGAUCGAGAUGAUGACAGCUGCGACGAAGGCUUAACCGUUCUUCACUCAGGGCGACACGAGUUCCCCUUCAGCCUUGAACUGCCCCAGACGCCUUUGGCUACAUCUUUCGAAGGCAAACACGGUAGCGUGCGGUACUGGGUAAAGGCGGAGCUUCACAGGCCGUGGCUUCUACCCAUGAAAACCAAGAAGGAGUUUACCGUCUUCGAGCACAUUGACAUUAACACUCCACUGUUACUGUCUCCUCAGGCCGGCACGAAGGACAAAACGCUUUGCUGCUGGUUUUGCACAUCAGGGCCUGUAUCACUAAGUGCCAAGAUCGAAAGGAAGGGCUACACUCCAGGCGAAUCCAUCCAGAUCUUUGCCGAAAUUGAAAACUGCUCUUCUCGUGUGGUUGUGCCAAAGGCAGCCAUCUACCAAACGCAGACCUUUUUUGCAAAAGGCAAGGUCAAGGAGAUCAAACAUCUAGUAGCUAACCUACGUGGAGAUCCUUUACCUUCCGGCAAGACCGAGACGUGGGACGGCAAGAUGCUGAAGAUCCCUCCCGUAUCCCCUUCCAUUCUGGACUGCAGCAUCAUCAGGGUGGAAUAUUCGCUCAUGGUAUAUGUGGACAUUCCCCGGGCGGUGAACUUAACCCUGAACCUGCCUCUGGUGAUCGGUACCAUCCCACUCCACUCCUUCGGCAGUCGUACCUCCUCUGUCAGCAGCCAGUGCAGCAUGAAUAUGGGUUGGUUGGGCUUACCUGAGAGACCUGAAGCUCCUCCAAGCUACUCCGAAGCUGUAACAGAAGAACAACGACAGACCAAUCUUGAACUCCCAGGAGGAGGGAGAGAUGAGAUCGAAGGACCACUUUACGCCUACAUCCACGAGUUUCGUUUCCAGCCUCCGCCACUGUACUGUGAGAUUGACCCUCAUCCAGAGCAGGGAUGCGUCGCCCAGGACGCGAGGCCAGAUAUCAGUCCGUCUCGCUGAGGAAGUGAUGUCACCUGACCAGUGCUGUCAGGGAUCUCUUAUCUUUAACCUUAACCCAUUGAAUAAGGUAUGGUAUUCCUCCAUGAGAUGGCACAAGAGCUAUCACCUUGGUAACGCAGAUGGAUAUCCUCCAGGAAACACUCCAAAUCCCUGGAAAAUCCACCGGGGUGAGCCCAGGUUAGUGGUACCGUAAAAACCACAGAAGAUCUUCAGAGAACUUCCCAUUCCAUCCCUGAUGAAAAGAGCACAGACAAGAUUUGUAGGAGUAUAACUGUGCCCUCGACAUCAAGAUGGACUAAACGCAAAGUCGCCGAGUGCUCAAACCUAAACCUUGUUCCUCACGCGAGAUGUAAUUCUUUAAUUCCAUUGUAUUGGAACAAGAUGACAAGAACAAGUUCCUCCAGACUUUUCAUGACUUUCUUUUCGUUUAUUGACUGUUGGUUGUAUAUGGACACUGGUCAAUUUUCUUGAAAUGUUUUGAGAAGUCAUGGACACUGGUGUGUGCAUCUGACAAGAUCUGCUGCAAAGCAUCCUAACAUGCCACGUUGCCUUUAUGCUAAAGCAUCCAAUAACACGUGGCACCGUUUUAAGUGGACAACGAAAAAAGACCGCUGAGUGACGGGACGCUCAUUGAGAUGCAAGACAAUUGACAUUCCUGAAUCAGUCCUCUCACUGUUAAAAAUACGCAGAAGACUGCACUCCAGAGAUUUGUAUGUUUGACGACUAAGAGCUACUUCGUAGACUCUGAUUUGAGCGACACAUUUAUUUCAAUGCUCAUUUGACGACCGUGGCCUGUUCGCAUCAUCCUUUUAUCUUUAGCACUUUUCAUUAGUUGCGUACAAAGUGUAGAAUGAUGCUUGGCUCAUACAAGACAUAACGUAACGUUAACAAGUGUGAUUUUGGUAUGUUUGUUUACAUAAAUGAGUUAACAGACAAACUAAACAUACUAGUCAUGCUUUUGAAAUAAUGGAACACCCUUUAUGGCCUUGGCACAAAAGCAGUAAAAUGUUUGUUUUUACCGUUUAUGACUGAAAAUGUGCGCUGUGCUUACAUUUGAACUUGCGAAAAAGGGAAUGUGUAUUGUUUGUAAAUUGUAUGCUUUGCUUUAGUGAAUAUUGUGUCACCGUCUAAAAUCACUGUUGUGUUUUAUUUAGAAAAAAACAUUCUUUAACGUGCACUUCCAGAGAUUGUUAGUUGUCAUGAAGAACUAAACAUUGUUUAUUAAUGAAGACUGCAUAGGAAGAGAAGUUGCUCUUCAGGUCUACAGCUAAACAAAAUGGCUUCCACUUUACUAUUGCAGGAACGAAUUUUAAAAUGGGUAUUAAGCUACUAAGUCAAUAGGUGCAAUAUCCUUUGUGUUUCCACAUAGUUUUGUAUUCCUAACUUUUUUACCAUAACUUUGUUGGUAUAUAAUGUUUCACAGCAAAAAAUCAUGUUUGAUUGUUUUGUUUUUUUGCCCUGUCCAUUGAAUAAACACCCCUUUUUU